AUUAGUUUCAUUUGUUAACUUUUACAAUCUAAAUGACGUUAACUUUUAACAAUCUGAAAUUUUUUUCUCCUGCAAAAAUUACCUGGUGCUUCUUUGCCGAGGCCUGUUAAUUAAUACAAUUGUUUAUUAUUAUUUUUUUUUAUUUAUUGAUGUUUUUAGAAAGGUAAAUAAUUGGCACUGUCACCGGUGGCAUAAGUCCUAAAUUUUUCAAAAAAGUGCUUAAUUUUUUUAAAAAAAAGUCCUUAAAAGUGCAUCAUUUUUGCUUUCUUAAAAGAGUGGGAACCCUGUGCUUUGCUCUCAUUUAAACCUAGUUGAUCUUUCUUAUUAAUACUUGCAUACAUAGAAUAACCAAUUCGAAAUAUUUGCAUAAAUGUAGCAUUCGUCGGAACAACCAGUUAUCAGAGAGAACAAUGUAUGGCGGGUGCGGUAAAAUAUCCCACUUGAGCGCUUCCAAAUAAUUUUUUGUAAUACGAGGCCGACCGUUAUCAUGCAGAAGAAUAACUUUGCUUUGUCUUUGCUCUUAUUCUAGCCAAUUUUCUCGUAAUGCGUGGCUCAAACGAAUCAAUUGUAACCUAUAUCGAUUGCCCGUAAUGGAAUCACCAGGUUGUAGCAGCUCAUAGUAUACAACAUCAUUCACCACUCUUGAAACGUCGAAACCAUUCGAUACAUGAUUUAUCAGUUGGAGUAUUAUCACCAUAAACUUCUACAAGCAAUCCAUGCGCUUCAGAUGCACUUUUCUUCCAAUUAAAGCAGAAACGUAAAACCUCCCGCAAAUGCUGCUGAGUUACCACUAAAUUUCACAUAUUGAACAAAGUAAAAAACAGGGUUUUUGUAUGAAACUCAAAGCGAUAUAAACUGAAUAUUAUUGACAGAUGUCUAACCUCUCUGAAACCACCGAAACCAGCUGUCACUAUGAAACAGUCAUAACAGCCAGAGCCAUCUUUUGAAAACGGAUUGAACUAAUUUGUACUUCCAAUAAUUGUUAAUGUUCAAAAAUAAAAUCAGGAUAUUUCUGAAUCGGAUACUUCCAGGCCUGGAAGCCAGGGUUUGGAAAAGCCUAGCCCACUUGAGUUUUUUUCAGAAGUAUUUUUAUUUUUAGAUGUAUUUAUGAAAGAAGCAGAGAUGUUUCUUGUUGGUCUCACGGGAGGAAUUGCGACUGGUAAAAGCUCUGUUGUGGCAAUUCUCAGAAGUUUGGGAAUAGAAGUUAUUGAUGCUGAUGUCAUUGCCCGAGAAGUUGUUGAACCUGGUAAAACGGCUACAAAGAAAAUUAGGAAAGAAUUUGGAGAUGCUGUGUUUAAUUCCGAUGGAACUCUAAAUCGCCAAAAAAUGGGCCAAAUAGUUUUCUCACAACCAGAUAAAAGACGCCUUUUGAACUCUUUUACACAUCCUGAAAUCUACAAAUCAAUAAUGUGGAAAUGUCUGAAAUUAUUUUUUCUAGGCCACCAGUUUACUGUUAUUGAUUUACCAUUGUUAUAUGAAAGUGGGAAGAUGGUUAAAUAUCUGCACAAAACAGUUGUUGUUUCCUGUGAGCCUGACCAACAGCUGCAAAGACUUAUGGUUAGAGACAGUAUUUCUGAAGAGGAUGCUCUUGCCAGGAUAAAGUCUCAAAUGUCAUUGACAGAAAAAGUGAGUCGAGCAGAUUUUGUGAUUAGGAACGAGGGUGAGAAGGCAAGUACAACUCAACAGGUGGAAGAAGUUGUAAAGCAAUUGAGAUUACUUAGGACACACUGGAAAUACAGAUUUGUUGUUCUGGGAUGCUGCCUUGUAACUGUAACCGUGUUAAGUGCAGGUCCUUAUUUACUAUACAAACAACUAAAUUAAUUUAUUUCAACAGAUCCCAAUUGUCGAGCCAAAUGAGCAAUUUCAUUAAUUCUAUUCCCUGCACGGUUUCUCCGUAGCUUAUCGAAAUUUUAAGUUUAAAUUAAUAUUUCAAAUCAGUUUUGAAAUAAGAUUUUUUUUAUAAUAUCUUUGUUUUAAUAUCAUGCGAGUGAAAUGAAAAAUAGUUUAAUUAUAGAGUAUGUAAUACAUAAACAGCUUUUUAGUAAUGUUUUAAACAGGACUCGAAAUUAAUGAUAGUCCUAGACCAUCAAAAUGAUGGAUCAAAUAUAAUAAAAUAAAUGAUCAAUGGUCCCUCAGACCAGCAAAUGAUGUAAAGGGAUGACAUGCUGUUUUUGUUUUUCAGUUUUGGUCUAUGUUGCUGUCACAAAAUAGAAUACUUCGUCAUAAAUGUGAUAUACAUUUCAUGUAUUGUAAUUUUUUCUUUAAAUUCAUAUUAUUAACUUUUCCAUAAAAAAAUUUAAUAGAGAUAUGUAAAUGAACCAGUAAAAAUGUGUACAGAUUUGUAAUAUCUUUUAGUUAAUGGUCUUUCGGACCAAUUUUACAUAAACUGGAGGCAUGCUGAUAAUCAAUUAGGAGUAAUAUCCCUUUCAAGAUUGGUGAUAAAUAUAAUUCUGUGUGCUGCUAUG